CUAUUUUGUGAAAGGAAUGCACAUGGGUUUGAGCAACGGCUCUUUUUCAUCUUUUUUCAAACAACAGCUAUAAAUUAACGGGCAUUUUUUUCAAACGGUCAUAUUCUGUAUUUCUAUAAAUAAAAACUCUUCAUCUCAAUUUCAUUUCACACCAAACAUUUUAAAUUUUAUUUUUCUUUUCUCUUCUCUUUAUCUGAAUUUUAUUUCACACCAAACUUCACAAAUUAUUUUCUUCUUUGUUUUUUCACACAAUCACUAUGGAAGGUUCAUCAAAAAUGAAGAGAGGAAAAUCAUUUACCACUCAAGAAGAUGUGGCAAUUUGUAGAGCUUGGUGUCACAUUACUGAAGACCCAAUUGUUGGAAAUUCACAAUCUCAUGCUCAUUUUUGGGGAAGAAUUUUUGAAAAUUAUUGUUCAUUGCAGAAUGAUCGCUCAAGAACACAAGUGUCUAUCUCAUCUCGAUGGGGUGUAAUCAUGAAAUGUUGUAACAAAUUUCGUGGGUGUCUAGCGCAAGUCGAAAAUCUACAUCCAAGUGGGGCGUCACAAGUUGAUAUAAUGCUUCAAGCAAAACUGUUAUACCAUCAAGAUGAAAACAAGCAUUUUCUUUUUGAACAUUGUUGGCCAAUCUUGCAAAACAAUAUCAGGUGGCAAGAUGUAACUCCUACGAACACGGUGAAGUCAAGAAUACAUACACCGUUUUCCCCUAAUUCAACCCCUGAUUCCCCUAUGGAUAACUGCAUUUCUCUUGAAGAUGACACUAGUCCAAGUGUUGGUAACAAUCCAACUGUCGAUGAGGGCAGUGUCUCUGAAAGGGGUAAAAGGCCGAUGGGUAGAAAAUCUGCAAAAGAAUUAUUUCGGAAAAAUCAAGUCGCUCAAGCUGAAGUUCAAAAAAUGGGCACACAAUUGGACACAUUUAACCAAUACCUUGCUGAGAAGGAAAAGAAAAAAGAUGAAAGAGAACAAAAAAGGAUUGAAGCACUGCAGGAGAUGAAAGAACUUGAGAUGAAAAAACAUGAAUUUGAGAUCAGAAAACAAGAACAUGAGAUGAAAAAGGAAGAACAUAUGAUAAUGACUACGGAUAUUUCUCAUUUGGACCCUCAGAUGAAAGCGUAUUACACAAUGCGAAAAAAUGAGAUUUUCGCCAAGUGGUCCUCAAAUGUGAGCAGCCCAAAUUUUUAUUUCCCCCUACCUCCUGAUGAAUAA